ACGGGUGAAUGAGAGAGAAAGACAGGUUGAGCGCAUGCACACUUGUAGUUCAAAACUAAGAGCAUGCAGCAAACUCUUUCACUCUCCAGUUCAACACAGGGGUCAGUGACUACUGCUCUCAGGAUUUUGUGAAUAUGACAUUGUGAAGACUUUUUCAUCUGAGCUUAGUGCUUGAGGACAUGCUAAUAAGACUGAUUCACUGCAUCAGGGGUUUGUCCUGAAUGUGUUCAGCAAUUAACAGUGUACAUCCCCUGAGGAUCAGCUGUGAGGGACUAGCAAACCCUGGAAGACUGCAUGGGGAGGUGUCAAUGUCCACCAAUGUCACUGGAUUCCGGACACAUCGUUCCCCCCAGCAUUUGGAGAUGGACUUGGCCUGGCAGGAACUGAUGGCCAUCACAGAACUUCAGGAGUUUGAGGUACCCAAUGAGAAUCCCUUUGAAGCUAUUCCAUACCUGUCCAUGGAGCCCAUGGUUUCUCAAGGGGGGUUCGCGAUGACUCAGCCGCAGCCAGAACCCAUUCCAGCCACUUGCGAUGCCCAUCCUGCUGGUGUUUAUGAAAAUGCAUACCCUGAAAUGAUGCCACCCUAUCAGCGUUUGAACCCACACAUGGAUAUGCACUACGGCCUGCCUGUCCCCGGUGGCCACGGUUCCUCCAGAAUGCUUGCGAACACGCAAGCUCUUCAUCCACCGCUCAUGAGUCUUUUGGAGCACAUGAACAUGACGACACGCAGUCAUGGGAUUGCGAAAGACGGGGUUAUCAACCUUCACGGCACAGGACAACUCAAACAGGUUUGCGUGGAUGACCUCGAGUCAGAUUCUGGUUUGUCGCUUGGUUCAAGCCCACCGCUUGCAUCUCCUGAGAACGCGGUGCAUGGAGUACCUUCGUACUUGCCUGCAGAUGGUGCAGUGGGCUACGCCGAAGGCGAAAGCAUUGGAGAGCAAUGUCGCAUGCGUCCGAGUUUGCUCGGGCCCCUUGACUACCAGCAGUCCUACAGUUCGUACCCUGGAACUUCUUUUUCCACAACUGCAAACAUGCAACCUAUGAACCAGCAGACUUACCAACCAAUUGCAUCAAUGAAGCAACCGGUUUUACCCACAGCCCUGCAUGAUCUACAACUAAACAGCUCAGGUUUAACAAGACUGGGCUCAUAUCAGUCUACAUACCCAAAGCCAAAGUCAAGCAGCGUUCCCGUACCCCUAAGCAGAGAUGAGAGGAGAGCCCUUGCUCUCAAAAUCCCGUUCUCACUGGACAAGAUUGUGAACUUACCAGUGGAUGACUUCAAUGAGCUCUUGACCCAAUUUACACUGAGCGAUGCUCAGCUGGCACUUGUGCGGGACAUUCGCAGACGAGGGAAGAACAAAGUGGCUGCUCAGAACUGCCGCAAACGUAAGUUGGAGAAUAUUGUGCAUUUAGAAAACGAGUUGGGACAGCUUAGAGCCCAAAGAGAACAUUUAUCCAGAGAGAGACUGGACUUUCAACAAAACCUAGCCAUUAUCAAAUGUCGGCUCUCAGAUCUUUACACCCAAGUGUUUUCACAGCUACGUGAUGAGGAGGGACACCCUUAUUCAGUUGAUGAGUAUUCACUACAACAAACUAACGAUGGCAACAUUUACUUGGUGCCACGGAAUACUGCACUGGAGGGUGAAUGAACUUGUGUUUUUCUAAAGGUGUAAGUCACCCACUGAUGGACAACUAAAUUCAUGAGGUUCCUACAUUUUGUGACCAAUGAAUUUCAAUUACUUUAAAUCAGGGGUGCCCAAACUCGGUCCUGGAGGGCCGGUGUCCUGCAGAGUUUACCUCAACACACCUGCCGAGAAGUUUCUAGUAUGCCUAGUAAGAGCAGAGAUUGUCUUACUGUUGGGAGAUAAGAGGGUCUGUAUUAUUUAGUACUGGAGAAAGUGUAAUGGUCAAAUUGGAUCACAUGUGGCUUGAUAACCAAUCACAUUACAGCCUUGACAUCACUGAAUUUAGGUCAAAGUUGUGCAACACCCUAUCUGCAUUUACAGAUACCAUAGGAAUGAAUGAGAAGUGCCGUAAACUGAAUCCCACCUGUUGCAAGUAGUCUGUGAUUUUUUCUAUAAAACUGAAUUUUUUUCAGCGUUCAAUCCUAAAGUAUUUAGUGCAGGUGGUCGUCAACUCCGGCCCACAAGAUCCAUUUUCCUGCAGAGUCCAGCUACAACCCUAAUCAAACACUCCUGAACAAGUUCAUCAAGGUCUUUAGAAUGACUAAAAGGUUUUACAGGCAGGUGAGUUUGAUCAAGGUUGGAACUAAAUUCUGCAGGAAAAAAAAUGGAUCUCACAGGGCAGACUUGAGAACCUCUGGUUCAGUGUAAAACAUGUUGAAGAUUAGCCAGUAGACUGUUGAUUCAUUAAAUAAGCCAUUUAGUCUUAAAAGCCGUUUAUUCAGCAUAGUGAUGCAUCUCCUCCACUGACAUCAAUUCAAAGAAAACAGCCUCUGGUCUCCUUUCCCAAACUGGAAGUGUUAGCAUUAGCGGUUACUUUUUUUUUGGUUAAAGGUUGCAGGCUUGCCUUCUUUUGGCUAUGGUAGGAGCUUGAUUAACUGGUUCAGGUGUGUAAUUUGGGUUGGCACUAAACUCUGCAGGACACUGGCUCUCCAGGACCGAGUUUGGGCACUCCUGCUUUAAAUCAUUUGUCAUGAACAAAGAUUUAAAAUAACUUCUUAAUUUCAACAGUAAUUUUAGCUAAAGAAAUCAAACUACAAAAUUGCAAAGAGCUGAGAUUAAGAAAACACUUGUUAAUAGCCCAUGCUGCAAUUCUCUUAUUGCUAAAGACAUUUGUACAUUAAAACAUUGGUCUAAAACCUAGAAUCAGUAUUAUGUUCAAACACAUGCUUUCAGUAAACAGGUUUGACAAGACAGAUCACACGAGUUGUAGCAUUAAAAGUUUAUUGUAAAAAAGGUAAAAACAGGUAAUAAAAAUAAAAUCUCUUCAGCUGCAUCUUGGUCCUGGAAAAGAGAACAAGUUUGAGACUUGGGAUAUUAUAAACCAGAUAAAAAGUAUUGCAUUACAAGAGCAAGUACCUUUUAUCAUUUCACCCGUUUAUAGACAGACAAAUGCCUUUUCAUUUCAAGUGAUGAAUUUCACUCAUCAGAUCCUGAAAAAGCAAGAGUAACAA